AUGAACAAUCAUCAGAGCUCCGAUGACCUGCAAUGCCCGGAAGGGACCUACCUGUAUCUUGAGUUGCUUAAACAAGCUUCCUGGCAGCUCCGAAAACUCUCCCCGAAAAUCGACUGCCUCAUCUCCUUCUACAAAAACCGUCGCCGCCUCCUCACCUGGUACACCGACCUCUUAUCCCAAUCCCAAACCCAAACCAUUGUCGUCCACCGCCUCGGCGCCCCGCGCACCAUCGUCACCGCCAACCCCGCCAACGUCGAGUACAUCCUCAAAACCAAUUUCCCCAACUUCCCCAAAGGCAAACCCUUCACCGACCUCCUCGGCGACUUCCUCGGCCUCGGCAUCUUCAACUCCGACGGCGACACGUGGCGCGCCCAGCGCAAGCUGGCGAGCCACGCGUUCUCCGCCCGCUCCCUCCGCACGUUCUCCGCCGAGAUCCUCCGAGACGAGAUCCAAACCCGUCUCAUCCCGACUCUCGACUGCGCCGCGACCAGCGACGCAGUCGUCGACAUGCAGGAGAUUCUGAAACAGUUCGCUUUCGACGCCGUUUUCCGCGUCUCCCUCGGAGCCGACCCGCCGCCGACGGCGCUCGCGGCGGCUUUUGACGCCGCGUCGGAGAUCUCGGCCGCCCGCGGCGCGGCUCCGGUUUACGCGGUGUGGAAGGCGAAGAGGAUGUUGGGGCUCGGGAGGGAACGGGAGUUGAAGGAGGCGGUAUCGACCGUGCGAGGGUGCGUGGAGGAUAUCGUGCGGUCGAGAAGGGAGAAUAAUAAUAAUAAUAAUAAUAACGAGACGAGAGAUGAUUCCCUUUUAUCGAGAUUUGUCGAGUCGGGGCUCGGGGAUGACCGGAUGGUAAGGGAUAUGAUGAUAAGUUUCGUGAUGGCGGGGAGGGACACGACUUCGUCGGCGGUGACAUGGCUUCUCUGGCUGCUGACGAGACACCGGGAGAUUGAGCUGAGGGUCGUGGAUGAGGUGAGUGAUUAUGAUUACGAGAAGUUUGGGGAGAUGAAAUACGUGAAGGCGUGCCUUUGCGAGUCGAUGAGGCUUUACCCGCCGGUGGCGUGGGACUCGAAGCACGCGGCGGAGAAGGAUGUGUUGCCGGACGGGACGAGGGUGGGGAAAGGGGAUCGGGUGACGUACUUUCCGUACGGGAUGGGGAGGAUGAAGAGAAUAUGGGGGGAGGAUUGGAUGGAGUUCAGGCCGGAGAGGUGGAUGGAAGGGAGAAAUGUGAGUCCGUACGAGUACCCGGUUUUUCAGGCGGGGCCCAGGGUUUGUCUCGGAAAGGAGAUGGCGUUUGUGCAGAUGAAGUGUGUUGUGGCGGCGAUUUUGGGGAGGUUUGAGUUGGAGCCGGUUCGUGAGGAGGUGCCGGUUUUCGUGCCAUUGCUCACGGCGUGUAUGGCGGGAGGGUUUCCGGUAAGGGUUCGACGGAGGGAGCUGUGA